AUGGAUUUUCAAACUGCUCUCAACAACCUAAAGAAGGAGAAAGAAAUUCCAGAAUCAUUGAUUUAUGAGAUUUGCUAUUUAUCGAAUGAUGAACUAACCAAUGAAUAUUACAAGUUCAAUGAAAGAAUAACCGCCCUUGGAUUUGAUUUUCUUGUAGUCGUCGAGGGACUUGUUAAAUCAAAAAAGAUUGAUAUUGAAAUCGGAGAGCGAUUCACACAGACGAUGCUCGAAAUCCAGGAAAAUAUGAUGGAAUGCGAGGAACAGUGCCGAUUGCUCGAUGUUCUUGUUGAGAAGCAUAACGAGAAAUAUGAGCAGUUUUUGGAAUUGCAGCGAAUCACCAAAAAGCAGAAAUUGGAAAAAUUGAAUGCUGAACGCGAGGCCAAAAAACAGGCGAAAUUAUUGGAAAUUGAGCGAAUCCAUAAGGAAAUGCGUCUAGCUCGCGCUAAAAGAGAAGCUUCGAGAAAAGCGAGCGAAUCGAUUGUUGAUUGCCCGUCGCCGAUUGAGAAUGACGAGGAGCAAACAUUGCUCAUUGAAGACGGCGAUCGGAAAAUGAGAAGACGUUCGAGAAGUAUCGGUGGAGCUGUUAAAAAGAUUGUGCCAUAUUAUUUGCCUUGUAUUCCCGAAGUUCGCGAACACUGGGUUUGGAAGUUAGACGAUGAAAUAAAAAAAGAAGUCGAAGAGCCUGAACCACAAGUUUUUGAAAAUCCGGUGAAAGUGGAGAUCAUGGAAGAAGAGGAAAUUGUGGAUGUCAAGCCGAACAUUUCAUUGAUACCCGAUGAGUUUGCGGAUUAUGAGGAAGCCUAUGAGCUAUUUCAGAAGAAGGAUGGCCCUCCGAAUCUCAUAGAUGAGAGAAUCAUGGGAACUUGCGCUCUCUGUGGCUGCGGCGUCAAUUAUAGCCGAGCGGUUUCACUAAAAGCCGAAGACAUUGAAGCGAAAAGGGUUUAUUUCAAUUUCGCAUGGGGCGAGCGAAUAGUGGAACGUGUGAAGGAGAUCGUCAAUCCGGUGAUAUGCUCGAAACAUUUUUGCAACGGCCAUUUGCCGUUGCUACUGAAGACGGAAGAACGAGACUUCUAUGAGUCAUUCAUCAACGAUCAUUUGUACAUGAGCAUGCAGACGGACGGAUUUUACAAUAGUCUGCUUGACAGAGUCAACGUUCGCUGCAGAAAAUGCCAAAGACUUGUCAGAAUCUGCUUCAUAAUUAAGCAUGCAAUCAAGCAUGCAGGUGUCUUGGAUAUACGCGCAGGACUCUGCGCAGCUCAUGAAAAUCACAUGAAAACGCCAUAUGUGCAUUUGGAAACUCUCGAGACUCUGAAAUCGUGUCGAGAUUGCUGCUAUAUGUACCAGAAAAAGACGAAGGAGCAAGAAGCGGCGUCGAUGCUUGAAUGCUUCCCGUUCUAUAAAACGACGGUUGUCGAGCCUUCUCAUGGAAACUUCGAAUUGUCUAUCAAAAAGCCUCCGUAUAAGAAAAUGAACCUGAAUAAGCUUCUGUUGGAGCACAGAUUUACCCUUAUGCCAACGAUUACUCUUGAGGAGCUUUAUGGCAUAGAAAUAUCAAAGCAAAACUUCAUCUUUUUUAAAGACGAGGUUGCUGACGAUGAUCAUCAGCCGACUUCCACUCUAAUGCCGUUCCCAAAAUUGAACAAAAAUCGCGCAAAAAAGCAGUCGUCGCAUUAUUCGCCGAAAGGUUCGGCGAAACGCAAAAGAGAUCCGAAAAUCGAUGAGCCGCCGAUGAAAAAAGAGCCCGUCGAAAUUGUUCGCGACUUGGAUUGGAUUUCGGAUGAAGAGCCUCUAAUUGAGGAUGAUGACGACGUCAACGAUGUCGAUUAUGUACCUCCUGAGGAAGACGAGGAGGACGAUGAUAUCGACGAGUACACUCCAGAGGUUUUAGAUAAAGAGGAGUUUUAUAUAAUGAGAAAAAGAACUGGGAAAGAAGAGACGGAGCUGCGCGAGAGGUUGACGCAAAAAUUCACAACAAAUCCACAUCCAACGGUAGCGGAAAUCAUUGAAAUUAGUAAGGCUGAAGAUUUCGACUAUACAACGAUCGUGAAUUUUUUCGAGAAGCUCCGAGAGAAUCGCGAUAUGAUUUGCGAGCCGGGAGAUCCUUGUAAUCGAAUUCAGGAAUAUCUCGAACAAGAUAGUAUUUAUCGGUGCCGAGCGAAAGAAAGCAUCGAAAAAGAUGUGAGUCCGGAGGUGAAGAAAAAGAUUUUCGAAAUGAGAGAUGAUCUUAAUUCAAUAUUUCCACGCAAAAAGACUGGAAUGUAUCAUGCGAUUGCCGACGCGCUUAACAUUGCGUCGAGCACCGUUCGCUAUAUUGUGUCGAGAUCGCGCGCGAAGCGGCGAAAAAGCGUCGAGCAUCGUCAGCACAUUCUCGACGAAUUCGCGAAAGCGCACGAAGGUGUUCAGCCGGCCGAGAUUCGAACAAUGCCGGUGGCAUUCCGAGCGCACAACUCGAUGUGCUAUUCGAGAUUGCCGAAAAAUGUUGUGGCGAAAUUGGAGAAGCUCGCCAAAGAGCUCAAUGUUAAAGGGGAGAAGGCGAUUAUAAGUUGGUUUGGACGACGAAGAAAAAAAGUUUAUUUGCACGAUGCGAAAAUUUCGGUUCGUUUCGAAUCGUCGGAUUUCGUCAGAAGUUGUGAAUUCCAGAAGGUCGAGCAGCGUCACACGUUUACACGUGAAGAAAAGGAGCGAUUGAUGGAAUUCUUCAAGAAAACGCCGUAUCCAACAAGCGACGGCUAUAAAAACAUUGCUAAAGAACUGAAAUUGACGGCGGGAAAUGUUUAUUCAUUCUUCGACACUCAACGUCAAAUUGUACGAAAGGAGAAAGAGGCGGCGGUUGUUGAGAAGGAGCUCGAGAAUUUGUCGGAUGAAGCGACGGCGAGACUCGUGCAGGUGUUCGAGACUGGCGUUCGCGUGAAAUGUCGAGAACGUGUGCAGUUGGCUUCGGAACUCAAAAUCUCGUACCAGGCUGUUGGAUUGUGGUUGGAUCGAAAAACCGAGGAGAAACGAACGAAAAAGGGUGAAUAUGGUGGAAAGUCGACGAGGAAACGAAGAAGGGAAGAAUCGGAAAGUGAGGAUGAAAGCGAUUGGAGCGACGAUGACGACGAUGAUGAUCAAGACGAAGUUUACAUUGAUGGAAACGGCGAUGUUCAAUUGAGAUGUCUGUCGUUGAUUGCUGAAAAUGCUCUGCAAAUGUUGAAGAACACCACCACCACCACCAAAAACACCAACACCAACAACAACGAUGAAGCUGUCGCGAAGCCAUAG